AUGGGUGUUUUCAGUGAAAUUAAUAUAUUUCCAUCGCCCAAUGUGAUCCAAGAAGCUGGAAGUGAUUUAUUUGGAGUUAUAAAAUACACAGUUGAUGAAGAUACUAUAUUUAAUGAAAUUAACAUCUCGUUAAAUGGAAGUGGUUCGUUAAUUGUGAUUGAAAGUGUAAGAUCAGGUGAUAGACAAACUGAAAAUGUUUUUAGAUAUGCUGAAAACUACAUUAAAAUGAACAAUUUAAUUGUUAGUCAUGAUACAAUUACUCCAAUCGGCGUGUACGAGAUUCCAUUCCAUUUUAAACUACCAUCUAAUAUACCAUCGUCAUUGAAAUAUAACACGGUUAAUGGUAACUACAGAAUAGACUGCACUAUUGCUUAUAACGUAACUGUUGUAUUUAAAAGAAGUUGUUCUUCAAAUUUUAACAACACAGUUAUAAAAGCUGUCCAUAUUGAAUCAGGGAUCACACCAAGAUUACGUAUGACGCCAAUAACGUAUGGUCAUCAGAAGAAAAUAUUACAACUGUUCAGUAAGAAGAAUGGAGUAGUGAAUAUAAAAGCUGAUAUACAAACAUGCAUCGUUGAACCAAAUGGAAAAGUAAAACUGUCUUACAUAAUAAAUAAUGACACAAACGUAACCGUAAAAUCGGUUCAAAUAAAACUAGUCGAACAGUAUACAUUUUCUGAUAAAGUGACGAGUAAAUUAGUAGACUAUAAUGAUAUAAUAGAUACGAAAUCAAAAACUGGCAGAAUCAAAAGUGGCAAUACUCAGUGUAUGGAUAUAGAAAUAGAUUUACCUUCAGGGUUGACUACAAUUGAAUUUUCUAAAUUAGUAAUGAGAAAUUAUUUCAUUUAUGUCACAGUUGUGCUUCCAUUUCCUCAUUCAAAUAUAAUAAUGAAAAUCCCAAUACAGAUAGGAUAUGAGACUGUAAAUGAUAAUAUGUACGAUGGACCACCAGCGUAUUAUGACGCAAUAAAAACAGAUGCUGUUAAGUCAUAA